GUGAGUAGCCUUGUACCAUGUGACCUCUGUGAUCAUUCACAGAUUUCACACGUAGUAGACAAUGAUGUCAGAAGUGACAUCUUGCUUACUACUCUGCAUGUAAUCACUGAUUGGCCAAUCAGUGAUCACAUGAUCGGGACCUCGCACAGAGGUCCCAUACGACGUCAUUGAGAAGUACUGAGUGAGCUGUGAUUGGUCACAGCUUGUCACAUGGUACAAGGCUUUUGUGAAUAGCCUUGUACCAUGUGACCUCUGUGAUCAUUCACAGAU